AUGGUGAAGGAGAUGCAUCUAGCACUCUCAAAUACCAAAUGGCCUCUGGAAAGGCCCAUUAAAAUUGCAUCUCCUAAGAGAAGAAUGUUUGAUUCUCCUGGAGUUAUUUGUGUGAUUUGGUGCUGUAUGAUGUUAUUUCAUCCCUUGCAUGCUGACUUCAAGUGUAUGGAAUCAGAGGAACAAGCAUCACCUAUUACAAAUGUGAAACUGAAUUGGAGAAGAAUGGAACUGUCCUGGGAGAGCAGCAAGAAUUUCUCUAAGUACAAAUGUACCAUCAGGGACAGGGACAUGGAAAGUGUAGAGAAAGAGGUGAAUAGUACACUAUGCAUGUUUCCAGUGGAACAAUAUGUGCCUCUGCACAAAGGGGUAUUCUUCAUCAUUGAGCUGCCAGACACAAACACCUCAAAAAAGUGCACCUUUAUCCCUGGAGGCAUGAAUGGGUCAGCUAUUGAAAACUUCUCCUGUGUGAUUUAUAACAUUGCCUUCAUGAACUGCACUUGGCAAGCAGGCAGGGAGGCUCCAGCAGAUACCCAGUAUUUUCUCUACUGGCAGAACUCAAGAGAUGCUGAUGUGACGGAAUGCCAGCUUUAUAUUAAAGAUGAACAUGGCAGAAACACAGGAUGUAGAUUUCAAAAUGUGAGCAUAAAGACUGAAAAAGCUUACUUCCUGGUGAACGGGUCUAGCAAACACUCCCUAAUCCAGUUCUAUGAUGAGUAUCUUCAGCUGUAUACAAUUGAAAUACUUACUCCUCCAUUAAAUAUUGCUGUCAAUUGUACUGGAGAGUCAGCAGGUUGCAUAGUUACAUGGCAACCACCCCUUACAAGUCACGUGGAAAAUACAAAAUGUUUUCAGUAUGAAAUUUACAUACAGAACAAGGAUAUGCCCCAAGAGAAAAAGGAUCCUCCUAUAAGAGUAAGGAACAACAUAUAUGAAUUCCAAAAUUACAAUGAGAAAAAAAAAUAUAUUCUGCAAAUCAGAGCACGAGGGAAAUCCUGUCUUGUAAGCUCAGAAUGGGGGGAAUGGAGUGAACCCAUCGAGUUUGGUCAAGGAGAAGACUACUUUAUCUUUGUGCUUUUAUUUCUGAUAGCACUUGGAACAAUCUCAGUGGCACUGCUCCAAUAUUGUAUUUUUAAAAGGUAUUGCAGUGUCAAGAGCCUAUUUUCUCCCAUACCACAACCAAGAGACAAAUUUAAUGCUGAUGAAGAUAUUCAGUUAGAAUAUGCAAGUCUACAAAAAAAGAACUGUACUGAGGAAAUAACUAUAGUUGAAGAAAUGACCUGACUUGACACUUGGAUUCCUCAAUAUGAAAGAAAACCAUGGAUCCUCCUAAUGAAUACUCCAAAAUGAACACCUAUAAAACUACUUACACCACAAAAAUCCAUCUAACUUGAAGCCAGGAGGCAGGUGGAAACAUUUGAGAAAAAUCCAUAAAAUAUGUUUUGCUCAAAGCCACAAAUCCUGCUGGCUAAGCUAUUGUACUGUCACCUAUUGUCAACACUUGCUUAAACCUUGCUGAGAUUUUCUUCACAAGGUGAGACAAGGCCUCUCAUCUACAACAGAACUUACUUCCUGUCCCCACUCUCAUGAUGCCUCUUUGCUCUGAAUAUAACUUCCUACAACAGGACUGCUUAAGAAUGCCAUAGUGGUACAUUUUCUCAGCUUAUCAUUCAUAUAUACUCAAGGGCAUUUUCUGAAACAGAAACUACCUACUUA